AUGGAGAAGCCUGAUGAUGAGGCAUCACCUGGUGCGACAGGUUGUGAAUGGGGUGGCAGAGACACCACACCUGUUCAGAACAUUCACACUCCUGAUGACAUGGCAGCACUGGGAGCACCAGGAGCCAAUCUACAGAGUGUCAUGUUCAAUCAACCACAGCAACAGCAGUCAAUGCAACAAGCAGCGCAGCAACAGAUACAGCAGCAGUUCGGCCAUCUACAGGAGGUGCAGAAAGGAAAGACAAAGCAACUGUGUGUUGUGACCCCUCUGCCAGCAGCAAACCCAGACACUUUGACAAGACCAGCUCCUCAGUCACCAGACCUAGCAGAGGAGGUGUUAGGUGAACACCUUGACAAGAAGGAGGAAGCAGAGGUUUUAAUAGGGGAAAACAAAUCGGAAGAGGUCCAACAGCCUUUGUCCAAAGCCAAUGAGACAAAACCAGAGACAGAUGGCUCUUCAGGAGGAAACAGAGAAACAACCAAAGGUCCAGCCGAGGUGUUAGGUGAACGCAUUGUCAAUAAGGAGGAGGCAGAGAGGCCCGAUCCAGAGAUUUCAGCCCCAUCCUUUUCCAAUCCAGAGAAGGGUUUGAAAGAAAUGACUCACCAGGGAGAACAGGGAGAACAAAAGGUGGAACAACUGUCACAAGCCAUAGAUGAGUCAAAACCAGAAGAAGGUUCCUCAAGAGAAAACAUAGAAACAACCCAAGGACCUUUUCUCAGGGAGCUGUUGUCAAAGACUGGACUAGAAGAUCAUUAUGAAAACAAGCUGACGUUAAGUUCUGUCCUUGAGAUAAAUGCUGAUACUACAUCAGAUGAACCUCUUACCACUAUGCAGUCACUUCCAGGGGCCUUCCUUAAGAAAUUAAUGAUGGCAAAUGUGAAUGCUAGGAGUGUGAAAUGUCUGACCACUGACCAGGAGGUUUCCUAUUGUUGUGUAGACAACCUGGACACUGACACUGAUAGCAUUAAUGUCAUUAAUCCACUGGACCUGAUAACUGCCCUGUUUCUGUGUUCAGAUGGUUUCCUGCAGCAGGAGAUGGUCCAGAAAAUGUCCAUGUGUCAGUUUGCUGUUCCUCUGCUGCUGCCCAACUGUGACACAAAACAAAGCACUUUGAUGCUGUGGGCCUUGAGGGACAUAGUGAGGAAGUUCAGACCCUCUUCCCAAAUAGCCACAAAGGCUUUUGUGGAGGAGAGAAUUGUUGUCUCUGAUAUUCCUAUGGUGUCCUUUGUUAGGCUUGGAGAGAGCAGCUUGUCCAAGUCUCAGAUUUUGAACAAGUUGCUUAGUAACCCUCAGCAGUACCAUGACACUUUUGUUCAUCAUGAUAUGGAAUGUGGAGAUGCAUCUCGACAAAUCUCAGAUGGUCUGGUUGAAAUCAGCUGGUACUUUCCCUGUGGGAACAGAAACAUAGACAUGUUCACUAAGCCUGUGUCGAUGGCCAAUCUCAGAGGAGACAUCAGGUCCUUUGAAACACAGUUUUCCUUCCUGUGUCAAACAUCAGUGGCAGUUUACAUUUUCAGUGAUGAUUUAGAGGCCAAUUUCUUCAAGGUCUUGAAAAGCAAAAAAACAAAGGCAGAGUUAUUUCUGGUUGUCAACUGUCAGGGAAAGACGUUCAGAGUAGACACCUUGAAAAAAAUGAUCAGCAACUGCAGUAUCAAUGAAAAAAAUGUGAUUUUGAAGAAGAAGCAGAAUGAUGCAGAAUUUGUCAAAACCCUGCAAUCAUCUGUGGGUGACAUCAUCAAAAGAAGUCCAAACCGUUUAACAAUUGAAAACAUGGUUGACGUGGCUCAUCAGAUGGGGAUUUGGGUUGAUGAAGACUGUGAUGAGUGUCAGAGUGCCAGGAAGAUGGCAGAUGAAAUCACCAGGAACAUCAAAGACACAAAUGAAUUCAAAGACCAACAGCUACAAUUACAAGGGCAAAUCUGGAAAGAGCUUUCCCAGUUGGAAAAAGAGAGAUGUAGACUGAGAAAAGCAGGGGAUCAAAACAUUGAACACUACAAGAGCUCUCUGAAGAAAAAGGAGAAAGAGCUGAGAGAGAAGCAAUAUACAUUUGACAUGUCAGAUGCAAUGGCAAGCUUCAUUUUAGGAUUGUCUAGUUCAGGAGCAGAGCGAUCCUAUUUCCUCAAAUGGAUGCGGAUAAAUCUGGACAAUCUGUCACGUCAGAACCUGUCUGGUUUGCGGGAGCAGUACAAAGAUCUUUGCCAACAUUCUCCUGAGAAAAAAGACGACAUUAAAGAUUUGGAUAAGCAAUUAUCUGACUGUUCCUUAGGUCUUGAACACUUCCUGCGUGAGUUGGGGCAGUUAUAUGAAGCUGCCUGCUCCCUCCCUGAAAGUAGCCUACAAAGGAAACAGAUGGAGCAUCUCCCUGGAUUGUGUGCUCAGAUGCUUUUGGAUGGUUUCCCUGUUGAGCUUGUGGAUGGAGAUGCAUCAAAUAUCCCUCUGAAAUGGAUUUCAGCUGUACUGACUCAGCUUCAUACUCUUGUGGACUCUAACAGCAAGAUCCGGGUUGUGACAGUUUUAGGGGUCCAAAGCACUGGGAAGUCCACUCUCCUCAACACCAUGUUUGGGGUCCAGUUUGCUGUCAGCAGUGGAAGAUGCACCAGAGGGGCCUUCAUGCUACUGAUUAAAGUCAACAAGGAACUCAAGGAGGAGCUGAAAUGUGACUUCAUCAUGGUGAUUGACACAGAGGGGUUGAAAUCACCAGAGUUAGCUCAACUAGAUGACAGCCAUGAACAUGACAAUGAACUGGCGACACUGGUGAUAGGACUCAGUGAUGUCACUAUCAUCAACAUCGCCAUGGAGAACAACACAGAGAUGAAAGACAUUCUGCAGAUUGUUGUUCAUGCUUUUAUCAGGAUGAAGGAAGUGGGGAAGAAGCCAGUCUGUCAUUUUGUGCACCAGAAUGUGUCAGACAUGUCUGCUCAUGACAACAACAUGAGGGACAGGAAGAAGUUGUUGGAACAGUUGGAUGAAAUGACCCAGGCAGCAGCCAGAAUGGAGAAGAAGGAGAAUAUCACCAAGUUCACUGAUGUGAUGGAGUAUGAUCCAGACACAAGCAGCUGCUAUAUUCCAGGACUCUGGCAUGGGACUCCCCCGAUGGCUCCAGUCAAUGCUGGUUACAGUGAGGCAGUGUACAGCUUCAAGAAGACCUUGAUGAAAGAUUUCAGAAAAUGCCAAAGAAAUGAUGACUUGACACAUUUCUUGAAGUGGACACAAAGCUUGUGGGAGGCAGUGAAAUUUGAGAAAUUCAUCUUUAGUUUCAGAAACAGCUUGGUUGCAGAUGCAUACUCCAGAUUAUGCUCUGAGUACAAUGGUUGGGAAUGGGCCUUCCAGAAAAAUAUGUAUUCCUGGAUGGUAAGUGCUGAAACUAAAAUAUCCAAUAUUGGCAUGACAGAUCAAAAUCCCCAGACGUCAAUAAGAGAUGUGCUAAAUGAAUUGAUGAUAGAGGCAUCUAAGAAGAUGACAUUGGGAGAAAAUGAAAUCCAAGAAAAUCUAGUGAAAUACUUUGAGAAGAAAGAUGGCCAUGUCAAUCUGGUGGAAAAAUACAAAGAGGACUUUGUGUCCAGUGCCAAAACUCUGAGACGAGAGACAGAAAACACAGUGAGGAACAAACUACAAGGAGCUGUUGAAAUCAAAGAGGGAAUGACAGAACUGGACAACAUCAAGAGUUCUCAGGCAAGUACUAUGGAGAAAAAGGUACUAGAUCUGCUUCAAAAAUGUAGAAAGAAAGAAUCUGUUCUAUCAGAUAAGGAACUCCGUAAAGAAUUUGAAAACAUGUGGAAGAAAACUCUUUCUGAUAUACACUUUAAAGGACUUCCAAGAAGGAAUGUGGCUCAGGAUGCCUUCCAAAUGUUACGUGGAAAUCUAUCAACAAGGGGGAGUCAUGUCAAUAGUAUGGUGGUUGGAAACAAUCUGGUGGAUUGUGGUAAAAAAGAAUUUGCUGUUGAAUCUGGGGGUUUAUUGGAGAAAGUUGGGGGCUUAGUUAAGCACAGGGACUUCAACCAUUACAGGAAGAAACUACAAGAGUUGUGUGACGACAUCAUAACACAGUGUCAGUUGUUUAUAACCCAGAAGGUGGAAAACAAAACAGAUUACCAUGAUACUUACGUCAAAGAGUUGCUGAACAAGAUUGAUGAAACGUUACAACAACACAAGAAUGUUAACGUCAGUGAGGUAUGUGAGGUUUCUCUGAAGCUACACAUCUGUGGCAGAGCAGCCAGAGCCUUUCAGAAGAUACAUAAUGAUUUCAUUGAAGUCAAUGACCCAAGGAAGUGUCUGGAAACGUCUAAGAGCAAGUACCUUACCGAGUUCAAAGACUUAUUUAAUAACCGAGACCUGUGCCAAAAGAAAGCUGAGGACUUCACAAAGCUCUGUUUGCAGCCAGCUGUACAGGACUACGUUACCAAAAUGAUUGGUCCUGAUGUGGUUGAUGAAGUGAAGAGAGGUAAAGGGUCAAAGGACUACAGCACAAGAGUGGCUUUCCAGUUCUCUAUUUUGAAACAACUCCUGACAAAUGGAAAAUAUGAUAAAUAUGAAAAGUACAUUAAGAAUUAUGAAAGGUUUGUGAAGGACUGGUUGUUUGACCAGAUUGUCCAACAACUCUCAGAUGAGAGCAGUCUGGAGAAAUUGGAGAAGAAACAUCUUUCAGAGAUGGUCAAGAUGAUCACUGACACAAUCUCUAACAUCAGAGAAACAACUGGCCUAACAAAUGUAAAUGAUGUCAAGACAUUCAUUCAGAACAUCUGCAGUGCCCUUAAAGAGAAACUGGUCCUCAAGGAUGCUCUGGAUUCCAUCUUGAUUCUGAACACUGCAAACACAAAGCAGUUUGCUGAUUACCUCACAGAGUUAGUGGGGGAAAUGGAGAAGUCACUUGCAGUUGAGUACAACAAGGGAGGAGACAUCAAAAAGAGACUCAGUUCUCUGCCAUUCAAGCCUCAGGAUGAGAUGUUCACCAGUCUGUUUGGCUGUGGGGAGCAAUGUCCCUUCUGUGCUGUACCCUGUGAAGCAGGGGGGAAAAAGCACUCCAAACACCAUGCCUCCAUUCACCGUCCACAAGGUAUCUGUGGCUAUAGGGUGAGUUAUUCACAGAAAUUAGUAAUAGAGAUAUGUUCAUCUCUUGUGGUGAGUGACAAAGUAUUCAACAACGCCGAGACUGGAGGAACAUAUCACCCCUACAAGGACUACAAAACACAGUACCCUGACUGGAUCAUAACUGGAGAUCCCAGUAUGGAGGCUGCAGACUACUGGAAGUAUGUGAUGGCCACAUUCAAUGAGAGAAUCGCUGAAGACACAAAUGCACUUCCUGCUGAUAUCCCAGAGGACUGGAAGGCAUUAACAAGUGAUGAUGCAAUGAGAAGCUUGAAAAAGUCAUUCAACAUGGAAUAA